AGAGGAACCCUAGAUCGCGCUCUCGGGAGGUCGUGGCCUCCGCACUGGCUUGACGUUUAGUCCAAGCACAAACAUAUAUUCUCUUGGAAAAAACAUAAUCGUUGUACCAUUAGUCCAAGCACAAACAGCGAAGUUCUUCUCUCCUCUGCGUGCGACGGCGACUUCCUAACCUUUGCGCUUCAUCUCGCUAGCUGAAACUGUCCGAGUGAUGGUAUGCAAUCAAUUCAUUCACUUUCUCCUCAUCAAUGAAGAUUUCUCGCCUCCCCCAUUAACUGAAGCUACUGUAUAUAUAUGGCGUCAAGGUUCUCAAGAGAAGUUACGUAGGUUUUUCAAACAGAGAAUUUCAUCUCAAGGGAAACAGAGGAGUCGGAGAGCAUCACCGGCGCCGUCUUCUCCCACAUACGGUGGCAAAAUCCAGAUCUUUGAUUGCCUAAAAUCCCAGGGUGAACCAAGUUUCUACCUGUUUGGAUUCAUUAUGUAUUGCAACCACAGCUGCGAGAGUGCUAAAUCCCAUGGCGGUGGUGUUAAGAACACCGUGGAACUUUCCAGAAUGACAACGGAUCUGAAGGGCGACAAAACUUUAACAGUGGCGUUUGGGAGAAGGCUACUCACAAGGAGGUGUACGGUUCCGACAUAUGCCUUGAGGCUGAAGGUCGUUUGAAGACAGAAGUGAGACGCCUCACCAACAUUUCUCAGGCGGAUGAUUGUCAACGACUUGGAUAUGGAUGUUUUGGCUAAGGCGAGACUGGAAGGCUUUGAAGCUUGACAAAUGCUCAGGUUUCUCUCUACCGAUGGACUUUCAGCAUCGUUUAAACACUGCAGGUACUGAUUUACAUCUUUGUAGCUUUAAGAUAUGAUCUUAAAGUUUAACACUAACUUUUUCAACUCUCUUUAUAUUCAUAAGAACAGUUCUACUUGCCUACUCUGACUAGCACAAGAUUGCUGCAUUUUGGGUCUUUGCUUUAAAUUCAUUGCAAAAAGAACCAUAUCUUAAAAACUGUUUCUUUGAAGAUCACAUGUGUCUUUAGCUCAAUUGGGUAAGUAGAAACUUUGGUGGUUUAUUUGUUGAACCUUAAUUUCUUUGUCGUUGUUAUGCCUUCAACCUAAGCAAAUUAUCAAUUGGGAAAUUAGAAACCUUGGUGCGGACUUUAUUUGGUUAAUUAGGAAACGUUGAUAUAUGCCAUCUCUAAAAGAAUAUCUUUGGUAAUACAUUUGUCACGCCUGCAAUUCUGAUUUGUGUUCAGCUCAAAUGGUAAAGAGUAGCUUUGGUGAUAUAUUAUUUGAACCUUAUUUUAUUCAUAAUAUGCGCAGUUGAAGACCAUACAGAAAGGAAGAAGACUUUGUUGAGUAAGGAUCUCGGAAAAGUUGGGUUAAAUCAAUUUUUUCUAAGGAACUUGAACCCUUUAUUUUUGAAGUGUUUGAUAUUAGAGAUGAGCAAUAUUUUUGAUUUUGCGGACA